CUAUUUCCCCAUAUUUGCCCGAGACGUGUGGCCAGAUCUGGAGUGCAGUGAAGCGGGGUGCGAGGCUUGCACCGAGGCUCGCGCCUCGCCGAGGUCUCCCCACAAUGGCACAUGAGAAACGUAAACAAGAAAAGGGGAGGGACAAGAAAAAAACAAAUCCAACAGGGCUUUUUGCUUGUCUUGCAGGAAGUGGGUUUGGGUCAGCCAGCCCUCCGCACUGCUUUACCCUUAGAGAAGACCGGGGCGCAUGCGAUCAUCUAUCUCACCCACUGUAAGCACCACACGUGACCACCUGUGCUGGACGAACAUGCUACACCAGCACCGGGCUUCUCUCUGCCUCCUC